AUGUCUUCCACCGACACAAAGGCCUUAUGGAUAUGCCAUGGCAUCGCGUUGGGUCUUUGUACCUCUCGCGUGGUGCUUCGGAAGGUCCGUCGCCAGGCUUUCACAGCUGGGGAUUACUGGACCAUGCUGGCACUCGUUGCGAUUGCCUUGCGAGCAACCCUGAACGAUAUCAUUUUAGCAGGUGGUACAACCACUACCAUCAAGGCCAACCUGCGUCCUCCAGGCCUCCUAGCGCCAGACGUGCACGACAGAGUCAUUCUAAAUAGUAAACUCAAUCUCGUCAACCGGUUGACAGUCACUACACUGCUGUGGUCUCUUAAAAUGGUGGUCCUAGAUCUUUGUCGACGGCUCAUCAGUAAGACACCCAAGGAAGACCUCAUCAGAUACUCCUUCUGGGGCGUAUUCGCUGUGACAUACCUUGCUGGUCAACUUGCAGUGUUACUGGAAUGCAGGCCAUUUUACUUGUACUGGCAAAUAUAUCCUGAUCCCGGGAAAUGUGUCAACGGCAACGCAUGGCUAAUCACCUAUGAGGUUGGAAAUCUGAUCACAGAUAUCAUGCUACUCAUUUUCCCCUUCCCUGUCCUAUUUGCAGCAAAGGUCCACUGGAAAAAGAAAACACAAUUGUGUUCUCUAUUUAGCAUCGGCGUAUUCCUUGUUGCUGUCAGCGUGGUCCGAAUCGUUCAAGGCGUUCCUAAUGCACGCACUCAGCUAAGUCGAACGGUAUGGGGUAGUGUCGAAACGCUCUUUGCAUCGAUUGUUGCUCAGGUCCCUACAAUGUACACCCUCCUCCGCAACACCAAGCAAAAUAGCAGUUACCAACCCCCUGAAGAUACUUAUCGUCUAGCAUCAGCCAGCAACCAGAUGUCCCGUACAAGAGUAAGACGAAGUGGCAAAGGAGAUGAUAUUGAACUGGGCGAUAAAGCAUUUGGCGGCAGCGACGACCAUUACCAAGCGCGUGGGUAUGCUGAAAGAACGAUCAGCCCAAGACCUGCUGAUGCUGGAGGAGAAAACGAAAGCACCAAGGGAAUACUGGUCACAGUUGACAUCACUCAAGUCGACAAAGGUGAUGCCAGGCAGAGAAUCACAGAGGUCUCGAGCCAAGACAGCUAA